AUGCCAUUUCCCAUAUGGUGCUCCACUUGCCAACCGAAGGACUCCGUGCUAAUUGGGCAAGGGGUGAGGUUCAAUGCUGAGAAAAAGAAAGUCGGGAAUUACUAUUCCACGCCCAUAUAUAGCUUUCGAAUGAAACACGGUCCCUGUGGCGGGUGGAUCGAGAUUAGGACAGAUCCCAAGAAUACCGAGUAUGUUGUUACGGAGGGUGCCCGGAGAAAGGUUACUAGCGAACUUGGGAAGGGCGAAUACGAAGAAGAUGGUGUUGCGGAGAUAAGAGUGACACUUCCUGGGGAAGAGAAGGAUGCUGAAGAUCCGUUUGCCAGGCUGGAGGGAAAAGUGGUGGACAAGUCGAAAUAUAUGACUGCGCAGACUCGAAUGGAAGAAUUAUUAAAGAGGCAAGCCAGAGACUGGGAGGAUCCCUAUGAGAAAUCGAGGAACCUUAGGCGAGUAUUUCGGGCUGAGAGGAAAGCAAGAGAAGCAGCACAGGAAAAGGCCGAAGCGAUCAAGGAUAAGAUGGGGUUGGGAAUUGAGUUGGUGGAGGAGACUGAGGCAGAUAGUAUCCAAGCGGCCAUGGUUGAUUUUGGCUCGCCUCCUUCCGGUGCCAUCAACGGGCUUUCAGCGCGGGCACGGACAAGGCCGCUAUUUGAGUCGGAACUUCAACGAUCGUUUUCCGAAACAUCUUCCAUAAGCAGUUCCCAUGAGCAGAAGAAAAAGAUCUCAGCUCAAAAACAAACUUCGAAGAUGAUCGCGAAGCGAAAAGCAUUAUUACAGCGAGAGUUAAGGGGAAAUACGAAAGCAAUGAUGGAUCCUUUUCUUGACGAAGUGGACGAAAGCUGGCGGCCUGGAAGUCGAAAGCGGAGGAAAGAAGAGAAUGGGACGAAAAGCAGCCAGAAUGGCCUUGAGACUGAGAUUGUCGCAACCCAUGACGCCACCGACGAUAUCCACAGUGAGAUAGUGAAGAGCAAUGGAGGUGACGAGACAACACUUCCGGAAUCUUCUCCAAAUGCACCAAGAGGGAAUGGGUUGGCGUUGGUUAAUUAUGGUUCUGAUACGGAAUAA